AUGGGCAGAGGGCAGAGCGAGCAGAGGGAGCCGGCAGCAGCCAGCCCGGGCGGCAGCUCCGCGCGGUGCGUGGCGGUGAGGAUGGUGGCGGUGGCGGUGGCGGCGGCGGAGGAGGAGGAGGAGGAGGAGGAGGUGCUGCGCCGGUGGCGGUGCCGGCGCUGCCGGUCGGAGCCCGCCGGGGAAGGGACGCACGGCCAGGUAACCGCGGGGCUGCCCCGCCGGCCGGGCCGGGGCCCGGCGUGCCCGCAGCGGGGGCGGCGCACCUGGGAGGGCGGCGGGGCACGGAGCGGCGGCGUCUCCCCUGGGGACUCCGACCCCGACUCCUCCUCCUGCCAGACCGGAGAUGGGCAUCGCUUCGCGCCCGUCGGGGCAGCCCGUGUGAGCGCCGGGAGCCCGCGGAGCCGCAGCCGGCGGCGAGCGCCCGGGCCGGGCCGGGCGCGGGGAGCCCUGUCGGCCGCUGCCUUCGCUCCGGAGGGAUCCCCAGUCCCGCACUUUUGGCUUCUCUCCACAGGAAGCAGGGAGGCCGCGUUCACCUAUGCCAUUACUGCUGCCGGGGUUGCACACGCUGUCACGGCCGCCUGCAGCCAGGGCAACCUCAGCAAUUGUGGCUGUGACCGAGAGAAACAGGGCUACUACAACCAGGAGGAGGGCUGGAAGUGGGGAGGCUGCUCCGCGGAUAUCAGAUACGGCAUUGAGUUCUCCCGGAGGUUUGUUGAUGCCCGAGAAAUCAAAAAGAAUGCCCGGAGGCUGAUGAACUUGCACAACAAUGAGGCUGGAAGAAAGGUUCUCGAAGAGAGGAUGAAACUGGAGUGCAAGUGUCACGGAGUUUCAGGCUCCUGUACAACCAAGACCUGCUGGACAACACUUCCCAAAUUCAGAGAGAUUGGAUACAUUUUGAAAGAGAAAUACAACGCUGCAGUGCAGGUGGAGGUGGUACGAGCCAGCAGACUAAGACAGCCAACCUUCCUGAAGAUCAAGCAGAUUAAGAGCUACCAGAAACCCAUGGAAACGGAUUUAGUGUACAUUGAAAAGUCACCCAACUACUGUGAGGAAGACGCUUCCACAGGGAGCGUCGGGACCCAGGGGCGGCUCUGCAACCGCACGUCCCCGAACGCGGACGGCUGCGACAUGAUGUGCUGCGGGCGGGGGUACAACACACACCAGUACACCAAGGUGUGGCAGUGUAACUGCAAAUUCCACUGGUGCUGCUUCGUGAAGUGCAACACGUGCAGCGAGCGGACAGAGGUGUUCACCUGCAAAUAACGGCCCCGCGCGAGCCACCCGCGGCCCCGCGAGCCCGGCGGGGAGGACGACACACCCCAGCAUCGUUUGCACAUCUCACCUGGGGACACGACCCCGGCCAACACCGCAACCACGCCCUCCCCACUACUACCCACACCUCUAAGGAUGGUGCAUUUUGGCUGGCUGGCUGUUGUAACUGCUUUGGAAACAAGGGCAACAGGAUUAAGGUGAUGUUGACAACCACAUGAAACUUUCUCUCUCUCUCUCUUUUUUUUUUUUUUAACUACAAUCUGGGUGUUGUAGAGUUCUCUUAGUGUUUUAAGUUAUACAUAUCAGAGAAGCUGAUUGCGUUGCAGCUCCCAUGACAUUUAAAAGAAAAAGACACUUUUUCCUAUUUUACAGCAACUAAACUGUCGAGCCCUGUGCAAAAAAAGACUUUUUUUUUUUAAGGAAAUGAAAUCUUCACUGACUAGAAUGCAGUAGUCUUGCUGCAAAAACCUAAAUUCCUAAGAAAGCAGGUAGAGAGAAAACAACUGGUAGGGAGCAAAAUCUGUGGCAGAAAUACUCCACUAUCAGUUUGGAAAAAAACCAACAAACGUUCACAAAAUUACAUCAGCUGCCAGUGACACUGGAACUCUUUGAAUGAACAUUAAAAAUAAUUAUUUAUGUUUUUAAUAGUAUCAAAAAAUUCUAAGCACUAACGGGUAGCUAUGUCUUAAUUCUGUACUAAAUGUAAACUUAUUGGAACUCUGACUUUAUGACUUUUGUAUUUGGUUCUCCCUAAGUUCUUCAAUGCUACUGAUCUGUUGUCACUCCACUAUUAGAGUUCAAUUACUGUAGGCCUUAAGCAAUUACCAGAACUGAGCAAAAGCAUCAUAUGAAACUGUGGUUACAAAUGUUUGAUAAAGACUUUUCCUACUUGCCUCCUGAAUAAGAAUGACUUUUUUUUAGACUCAGGCCUGAGGUGUGGAGAGCCUGCUCUCGGCUCCUCGUAGGGAGUUUUAGGAUACAAAGACUUGCUUGGACAAAUAUCAAAGGGUUUGCUUUGCUGUCAAAUGCACUGGCAGGAUCUUCCAUCGCAUUUUGCCUGUAAUGGUUGAAAGUUAAUAUUCCAAGAGUUUUAAAUAACUUAUGCUCAGUAUGCACUCAGAAGUUAAAAAAAGUAUGGCAGCUGAGCUCUAGGCUGCUGCAACCUAGAGCUGUGGUGGCUUCACGAGCACAAGACAGCUAAAAUUUGGGUUAGUCCACGCCACCGUUACUCUAAGGCUGGCGACACCGUGCCUCUGGUAAAUCCAUGAAUGUUAAGAAAGAAGCUUACUUCUUACAUAGCACUCAUCCUAAGUCACACACCUUGUCCCUACGAGAGAUCUUUUAAAAAUCCUCAGAUAUUUUACUACUGUAAAAUCUAGUGGUUUUAACCCCAAAAGCCAGAUAUGCCCACUUGUAACACAGCCCAUUCAAAAAUAUAAAUGUCUGCUUGUCCCAAGGGUCCCGACCCGAUUUUCUGAAAACUUGGAUUAAAAACUUCCUUACAUCUGUAUAUCUGCAUCUCUGGCAUUUGCUUCAUUGUAUUACUUCCAUUGAGAGGCUGCACAGCCAUGAGCCCUCCCCACCUGCCAUGGAAGCACUUGUCAGUCCAUGUGGUGCUCCUGGGACCGGGGGCUGGUGGAUCUACUGCUCCACCUGCUCCCGUGCAGGAUUUGAGAAGGAGCAGGAAUUACCUCUGGAAUUUGUGGACCUACAUUAUCAAAAGUAACCAACGACUUGUGGAUCUUCAUUCGAACACUCAUGAGGACCUGCCUUUCUGACCCCAAGCACUUACCCUCUGAAAAUCAGACCCCUUGAACGAGUCUCUCACCGAGCAAUAUAAAAUUGCUCUUUUUUUUUUUGGGUGUUACUGUUGGUUUCUAAAUGCCAGCCUUGGCAUGAACAAGUGCAACUUCACAGAAGUCAUCAGGGGCCCCCAAAAUACUAGAGUCCCUCCAUGUAACUUAAAGUCCCUUUGAUUCAUGGGUAUUGUUGUUGAAUCAUAGUGAUAUACUGUACUUCCACUGCAUUCUUGACAGGAAGCAAAUAAAGCUCCCAAACAUGGUAAUGCACAGUCUUAUGGUACUAGAUACUGUAAAUAUAUUAGAAUAGUAUUUGUUAAGUACAAUUGAGGAAUCCAAUUAAGUUAUAUUAUUGUAUAUCGUUUAAAUGUCUAUAGAGUAUUUUAAAUUAUUGCAAACUACACUGCGUUAAAAAAAGAAAGAAAAGGUUAUAUAUUAUAACACCAACCACUCUGAAAAGUGGACCAAAGUGACACUUUCUCUCUUUUCUAUCCAUACCCCUAUUUCAAAUAGCUCUGUCUGCUAUUUUAAGACCACUGUAAGUCCUACGAUUGGGUUAGCAGUCUAGAAUAUAAUGUUUCAGAGCAUCCUAUGGAGGCUUUGCUCAUAUGGGGAUGCAGCAUUCCAAAAGGUGCUGUUGGCACAAAGCAGGGAUGACCAUGGGAAUGCUUGGACUUUGAAAUAUGCCCCAAGGAAAAGCAGUUUUGGUCAGAAAACACCAUAACCACUAAUGUACCCCAAAUGCGACCUUUUAACGAAGGUGUCUGAACAGAAUUGGGUUACACACAACUUUUAUUUUAAAAAAUGUAGUUUGAUGUCAAAGAGCUGUGACAAGAGAGGUUGGAAUGUGACCAGCAACACGUGGUUUAACCAUACCUUAGCCAUGACAAAACUCAAAAUACUGUAUGUUAUUAAAGAACGUGAGAGCAAAGAUCAAUUUGUUUACUAUGUUAAUGUUUUAUGGCAAGCAGAAAACAAAAGAUGAAAUGUGUUUCCAUUAAAACUUAAUUUUUUGCCCCUUC